AGAGAAGGAAAGAGAGAGAAAGAUAGGGUAAAGGGAGGAGAGAUGGGUGGUGGGUGGUAGCAAGGUGGUAAAGAGAGAGAUAUAGAGACAGAAGCAACAAAGUGAUGCAGCAGUGAUGUAUACAGUGCGGUCUGACUGACGAAGGAGGAAAAGAGAGAAAGAGGGGGAAAAAAGAGAGAGAGAAGGAAAGACAAACAAGCACAGAGAAAGAGAGAGAGAGAGAGAGAUACAGGAAAGGAAAAAAAGAAAGAAAGAAAGAGGAGGAAAGAAGAACGUUAAAUCGCAGAAAGAAUAAGAAAAACAAGAGUGUGAAAGAGAAAAAAAAAACAGCAGAAGACAGAGAAAGAGGGACAGACAGAGGAAAGGAUCUUACAUAUAAGAAAAAGAAAGAUUGAAGAGAAAGAGGGUGAGAACAACUGUGGAUUACAUGUCGUAGAAGAAGAAGAAGAAGAAGAAGAAAGAGAAGAAGAAAAACCCAGGAGAUGUUGGUGUUUAACAACCACGUGUGUGUUUAGGAUAUCCAUAUUUUAUUAUAUCUUUUGUUUUUGUCAACUGCUGGUGACAGGGGAAAUUACAAAAAGCUUGCCAGUGGUGACAAACUAAUUCACUCCAAAAAAAAAAGGGAAAAAGCCAUACAAACGCUGACACCAGGAGACAGAAUUACGGAGAGAAACGGCGGACAGACGGACGGACGGACGGACGCAGAUCACCUGGCUGUUACUAUGUAUGUCUGUGUAUCAGUCUGUCUGUCUGUCUUGGUAGAUUGUCGUUCGAUGUGAAAUUCCGGAGAAAAAUAAGUUGUCUUUGAGGAAUUGGAUCACAUCAAAAAAAAAUUAUUGACGUCUGGAAACAGGACCAAGUGGAAUUUAACAUAAAUAACAAUAAUGAUUUCUUUUAUUGGCCACAAGAGCACAAGACAUUGAGGGCAGCAUCAAAGGAUAAAAUACAACACACAAUAAUAAUCAAAAGUAAAUGUUGAAGAAUGAGUGAGGAGCUAAGUGUCUCAUUGGCAGCACCAAAAGUGAUUCCAAGCAAGAAUCAGUUACCAAAGUUACCAAGUUUGGAACAAUAUGAAUGAAAGAAAUCUGCAUCAUCAUCGACAACUCCAUGAAUGGUACGAGCUGCAUAAGUUCAACCAGCUAAACAACAACAACAACAACAACAACAGUGGUAGUGGAGGUGGUGGUGGUGGUGGCAGCGGUGGCGGUGUCGGAAACAUGUGCGUGACUGCAUCGUUGACGCCUUACUUAUCACCGCAGAAGGCCAUGUGGAUCGAGAACUGGAGGCAGGAGGUGAACAAGGCCUUCUUUAAGAUACCCGACACCCAGGUGUCGACGACGGCCAACACCACUGCUCAAAGCAGUGAAACCAACAACAACAACAACAAUAACAAUAACAACAAGAACAACAACAGCAUUAUUGCUAAUGGUGUUGUGGUGAAUUCGAAACUGAAAAAUGGAAUAUUGCCAAAGAACGGCAUCAAAUUAAACCAAAGUCUGAAUGGACAUUUAAGUAGUCAACACACCCCAGCUAAAAGUGCUGAAUGGAAAGAUCAAGUUAGCAAAAGCCCUUUACAACUGCAGUCAAAGGUCCUCUCUUGUAGUUUUUCAGAUUUAAACCUCCAGCCGGGUUAUAAUCUAGAAAAGAAGUCAUCAAGGAAACGAAAUGGUAAAUUCUGUCCUAACGACCAAAACCUUUUAAAAUUUUCAGACACAAAAACAUCGGCAAAGUCAGUUUCAUCAAAAGACUGUCAGCAUGCACGACUGAAUGAGGUUCAUGUAGGGGUGUUCCCCCCAUCAGAUGAGAGUGGAGAGGAAUUAUUUCAGUCGAAACCUAAAGAUGGGGUCACAACUUUGGCUUUGCGUUCUUCCUCGAAUAGCUUGCUUAAUGUAAUUUCUGUUGAUGAUUGUCGUGCGACAGUGCACUAUCACACGCCGCACAAGUCUACGACAGCUACCGCUGAAGGGUACCAGCCUUUGGAGCAGAAAAAUAGUCCACAAAGUACGACAAAAACUCAGAAGCGACUGCUGAAAAGGCUACAGGCUCGAUAUUUGAGUCAAAACGGGACAGACCCCACUGCUUUAUGCACUUCAAACCAUUCCAGUAUUGCUUCUGAACACCUGGAAGAUUCGUUGUGCCCUGCGACUGCGAGUAAAGACUUUAACGCAGUCACGCAUGACACAAUUCACAAGGAGUCGAGUCGCACAACAAAAUCAAAUUCUUUCACGGCAUCGAGUGACAGUCCUGUGUUCAAGAGACUCAAUACAAACCUGCGAAAACACAUGAAGACAUUGCUUCAGUCACAGAGGAAUGCUGUCAAGUCACGAUUGAAACCAGCUGAACGCCAGUCGUCUACAUCGGGAUGUUGCCUGCGUGUCUGUGAAUUACAAGGGGACUGUAAUCCCUCUGAUGAACACCUACAUAGUAGCUAAAAGACAGGCACAGUGAAACAUGUGUAAUGGAGCAUAAGGAGUUGAUUUAAGAGAUAUACAGCAGAAAGAAGUUUGAAGUUUGUUACUCUUAACACUAAACAGACGUCUGAUAACCAACCAAAAUAUGAAAUACAGGUUUGUUAGAGCAUGAAAUCUAAAGAACACCGGAAAGCUCGAGUGAGGCAUUUGAAAUUCGUUACAAGUAAGAGUGUAAUUGACAGUGGAUAAUUUUCAGAACGUGAAGUUUAUUGUGAAUCUAGAACAAAAAGAAAAGAAAAAAGCCAGAAUGACAAGAGAUGUGACCCCAAAAAGCUAACUACUGUACCUCGAAAAAGUUGAUGUGAAAUUUUGAUUUGGAAAACAAAACAUUUAAAAAGGUAUAUAUAAAAAGAGAAAAAAAAAAAAACGGAAAAAAAAACUACCUGAUGUUAUCAAUUUAUUUUAAAAGUGUCAAAAGCAAGAAAUUCAAAAAAUUUAUUAUAUUUAAUAAAAAAAAAAAAAGGAGUUUAAAAUGAGGAAGGGAAAGAAACAACAACAACAAGGAAACUGUUGUAGAAUUUCUAUGACAUCACUAAUUACGAUCUUAGGAAAGAAUGUGCAUGUGUGAGAUCUUUUUUUUUUUUUUUUCUCCUUAAACAGGUCAGAAAUAUUCCCUAGUGGAAUAACUAUAUUUCUGUACCAAAAGCCAUUUACAUGAAUGGAAAUAUAUAAACAUAUUUUUUUGGAACUAAUAAACAGAAACAUUCAAAGACUUCCAAAGAAUGUUGUCAACACCAGUCUUUCAUUUACAGCAGGUAAUAUUCCUCGAAUCAUUGGUUCAGUUUUGGUUAAAAAAUGGUAAGAUUCUUCAAUAGAAUAACCUGACCAUUUCCAAAGGAUUGUUUUGUUUUGUUUUCUUUUAUCUGAUUUUUUUUUAAACAAAAGUUAAAAAAAAAAAAUUAUGCAAUAAAUACAGAAAAAAAUUAAUUAAAUAAA